AGAAUCCAAGCCACCUGGAGCCUCUGGCUGGUGAUCAGGCCUUGCACUCCACCGCCAUUAACACGCACACUUCUGGUCACACCUGGUCUCUUUUAUAAAAAAGUUACUACAAGACUGCUUUCUACUGGAAAAACCGUGGUUUCUUGCCGACCUUACCUCUCUGAGGCCGUGGGGAUGCAGAUCAGAGCUUUGCUGAAGAAGCUGGGAUGGAAAUCCUGCUGCCAGGCCUGGCUGCCUAACACAGGGAUCUUGGGAGCACUUGAGGUGCUGAGUUGCUGGUGUGCUGUCUAUGCCCUAAUUCCUACAUCUGAAAAUGGAGGAUCGUGGAAAAUACACCGGGUUCUGCAGGAGCUGUGGAUAAACACUCUCAAAAAACACCAAGCUCUGCAUCACAGGGCUGCACUAAGGGAGAGGAAGUAACUGCUGCUCUUCACUAGGGGUGAUGCACUUGCCUGAUUUUAAGGGGCCCUGGAUGUUUUACUUGUGUUGAGUUCACUCGUUCUUCCUUAAGCUUGUGUUCCCUACCUGAUCUCCCCAGCCCUUCCCAUUGGCUCCGUGUCCUGGGACAAGUUGUUUACGGCACCAAGGCCUAUCUCAGAGCCCUUGACUCUGGUGCAAUCCAUCUCAGCAGCCUGUCAGGGCUUAUUGUGACCCUGCAUCCUCAAACCGAUGCCAGACGGGGCUCCUGCCACGCGUGCCGGGUUCUGCUCCCCCUCGGCGGCGGGAAGUGCUGAUUAGCUCUUCCUCCUGCUCCUCCUGGGCAGGUCCCUGCGCCCAGAGCUGCGCUCCAACACCUCCCCUUCACCAGGCACCAGAGUGUCUACUCUCUAGUGGUGUUUGUGACAAAGGCUCUUUGGUCAUCAGUGCAUUACGAACAGCACAGGGCUUUCCAGCCCAGCCUGGUGCUUUGAGGAACCCAAGUCCCUCGUGUGAGGAUGGUGAAGCCCUCCAGAUGUCUGGGAGGGGCAAGCAGGGUGCUUGUCACCUGCAAAAUGAGCAGCCUUUCCAUGGUAAGAGCAGACAUAGCCAAACUUUGCAGCAGGUUUAGAGCUUUUGCAGCCCGAAACAAAAUUGCAGCCCUCUAUUUUAAUACUACCUUCCCCCUUCAUAUCUUUCAAACAGUACUGAUGGCUACUUUUAAGAAGUACUACCUCGGUCCUGAUUCUUUUUGGGAAGUUGGAUUCAUUCAACUUUGGGGUGUGGGAGCAGAGGUCAGGAACAAUGGAUUUGCCUGGAGAGUGCAGGCCCUGGAGUACCCCGCUGGAAUUGUGUCCUCUCUCCCACAGCAUCUCCUCGCAGGAAGGAUUUUGUUUGGGGGUUUUUUUCCCUCUCUGCUCUCAGAAAUGACUGCUGAUCCGUGUGAUCUAAUACAGGCUACUGUUGUUUGUGGAGCAAUGUUUGUCACCCAAAUUAAUUUGCAAAGCAAAAAGGAAGCGCUGAUAGAGGAGUUGCCUGUGGUGCUUCUUCCCAAAGGUGUUUAGAGGCAGCACACAAAUCUUCUCCAGCUUGAGACCCUUUGCUUGAAGUAGAUGUCGUGGUGAUUGGGGAUAGUGCCAUCUCUGGGAAUGCUUGGGCAUCUCCCGCUUUAAUCCGUUUUGGAGACCCCUUUGAGGCUCAAAACUGCAACACUGCAGUUGGUUUCCCUGUGUUGAUUGUCAGCUGUCAGUCACUUGCAUGUACCUGCCAAAACACAAUUGUGACAGGCUCGUGUAGCACCUCCAAAACAAAAGCAGCUGGGAAAUGAGAUGGUUCAGAGUAACUGUACACACAUGUGACACCAACAGAACGUUCCACCCAGGCUUGUCAGACUUAUUUACCCAGGAUCAUAAGUAGGAAUCAGCCUCUCAAUGAAAAUGGCAAAAUAUAAAUCCCUGUGGCUUGUUAUAUUACUCUCCAUUCAAUUUUAGUUUCUCUUCUGGGAAUUCACAAAAGCACUGUUUGAGGGUUAUCUGCCUGCUAGCUUUGUGUAGUGAAUCUGCCCUCCUUUCCUGUUGUUGGAAAACCUUUUCUGGUGCUGCACAGCUGUCAGCACAAUAGAGCCACAAGGACUUUGUUAUUUAUUUUAUUUUUUUAGUGGGAGCAAUGUCAGUAAUUUAUUUGGUUUUUUUUUUUUGUCAUUCCCCAGAGUCAUUCACCACUGAAAAAAGACUCCUGUGCUGGGUGGAGCAGAGGAGCAAAUUGCACUUUGCUGCCAGGGACACGUCCAGACAGGGAGAGGCCACUGGUAACUUUCUGUAGUGUGCAAUCCCUACAAAGCAAACACCCACCUCCCUCCUUGCCUUGUGCAAACUCAGUGUGAAAAUAAUGGAGCUGCUUUUUCCCUGCUGGGAUUUCAAGCAGGCUAUUCAGCCUUGAUGUCAGUCCUUACUCCAGCCUGCUGCAGAAAUGCAGGAUGCAGAGGGAACUGGGAAAUGCAUCCACUUGCCUGAUUGAGUGAUUACUGUAGGCUUACCUGCACUUACUGCUGAUGGAGAUCUCUUAUAGCAAGAGCUGAUGGGAUGAGAGGGAAAAUCCCUUUCCACUUAUUCAUGUUGUCCUUGGUAUCCCACUGCCAGCAUGGCGUUGGGUUUGCUUUAGCAGGGAACAGAUUUCAGGGUGCUGCAUCCAGAGCUUGUGGUUAUCAGCUGCAGCUCAGCCUAGUUUGGUUUGAACCAGUAAGGAGAGGCUCUCAGUUACUUGGGUUUGCAUGGAACUUAAUUCCUUAAUGUCGGAUUUUUUUUUGACUGUUGGUUUGGUUUUGUUUUUUAAAGAUGGGAGAUUGUAAGAGUGCUGCGGAAAAGGGUCUUUACUUGCCUUGUUUGAUAACCUUGCUGCAAUCAGGCUGUGUGACCAGGAGUGAAAAGAGAGCCUAGGAACAGCUUGUUUCCCUGUGGGACACCAGUCUUUCACUUUGACUGAUGUUCCCAUUGUAGCUCUGCUCCAGGGACUCCUCUGCAAUCUCUGCUCGGAAGGAUCAGUCCCCUCCUUUGGCCACUAUUUCCUGCAGUUCAGGCUCUCUGGCCAGUGUUUUCUGCCUGUGGGAGCCACGGAGUCGUAGGACUUGUGGAAGUAGCAGAGAUAACGAGCACCCAUCCGUUCUUCUCUUCCAUCCCCUCCGGGAUGUCCGGGUGUCCCUGGUUAGAACUCCUCUCCGGAUGAGAUAGUGGAGGUGUCACUGUGGGGCAGUCAGGGCAGAAAACAAUAGCAGGUUGAGUCCAAAAAACAACACUGACCAGUGAAUACAUCUCUGCUGUCAAUCAGUGGCAGGGCUGCUCUGGGGAGGUCAAGGCUGGAGCUGUACCCCACAUCCCUUCGGCUUCUUCCUCUGAUAAACUUCCAGCAGAGCGACCACACUUGCUCUUCUGGAAGGUUGGAGUCAGGAGUUCCACUGAGGGGAAGGCUGCAAGAGCCACAGCGUGUGUGAGGGCUUUGAAGACUCUGUUCCUUGAGCAGUGACUGCUCCUUGGCUGAGUGGGAUGUUCCAGUACUUGUUUUUGUGCAUCUGCUUUGUCAUCCAGCACCAGGCAGUGUCUUCCAUGGCCCUGGACCCCUGCUCUGCCUACAUCAGCCUCAACGAGCCCUGGAGGAACACGGACCACCACGUCAACGGCUCGCACGGGCAGCCCACGUGCGACAGCCAGAUCGACGGCGAGUGGUACCGCUUCACGGGCAUGGCGGGCGACGCCAUGCCCACCUUCUGCAUCCCGGAGAACCACUGCGGCACCCACGCGCCCAUCUGGAUGAACGGCAGCCACCCGCGGGAGCGCGACGGCGUCGUGGCGCGCCAGGCCUGUGCCAGCUUCAAUGGCAACUGCUGCCUCUGGAACGCCACCAUCGACGUCAAGGCCUGCCCGGGCGGCUACUACGUGUACCGCCUCGCCAAGCCCAGCGUCUGCUUCCACGCCUACUGCGGCCAUUUUUAUGACAUCUGCGAUGUGGUGGAUUGCCAGGGCCCCUGCCUGGACACCAGUGACUGCACCUGUUCCCCGGGGACGACGCUGGGACCUGAUGGACAGACGUGCCUUGAUGAAAACGAGUGUGAGCAGAACAACGGGGGCUGCAGUGAGUUCUGUGUGAACCUGAAGAACUCCUACCGCUGCGAGUGCGGGGUCGGGCGCACGCUGGGCAGCGACGGCAAGACCUGUGAAGAAAUCGAAGGCUGCCACAACAACAACGGAGGCUGCAGCCAUACCUGUAUUGAAGUGGAAGACACCUACCAGUGUGAAUGCCCAAGGGGACUUGUUCUGUCAGAAGACAACCACACUUGCCAAGUGCCAGUGCUGUGCAAGUCGAGCUCUAUCGAGGUGAACAUCCCAAAGGACCUGGUUGGAGGCCUGGACCUUUCCCUCAUCAACACUUCCUGCAAAGGCGUCUCCAACGGCACUCACGUCAACAUCCAUUUCUCCCUGAAGUCCUGUGGAACUGUUGUAGAUGUAAUAGACGACAAGAUCAUUGCCACCAACCUGGUGACUGGCUUGCCGAAGCAGACCCCGGGCAGCAACGGGGACAUCAUUGUGCGCACCAGCAAGCUGCUGAUCCCGGUGACCUGCGAGUUCCCGCGCCGCUACACCAUCUCCGAGGGCUACGUGCCCAACCUCAAGAACUCACCCCUGGAGAUCGUGAGCCGCAACCAGGGCGUCUUCCCCUUCACCCUGGAGAUCUUCAAAGACAAAGACUUCGAUGAACCCUACAGGGGGGCUCUGCCCACCCUCAAGCUUCGGGACUCGCUGUACUUUGGGAUUGAGCCCUUGGUGCACGUCAGUGGACUAGAGACACUUGUAGAGAGCUGCUUUGCCACUCCCACCUCCAAAAUCGAUGAGAUCCUCAAGUACUACCUGAUUCAGGAUGGCUGCGUGUCCGAUGACUCCGUGAAGCAGUACACGUCAAAGGACCAUCUUGCCAAGCACUUCCAGGUUCCUGUGUUCAAGUUCGUGGGCAAAGACAACAGGGAGGUGUUCCUGCACUGCCGCAUCCUGGUGUGCGGGGCCCUGGACGAGACCUCCCGCUGCGCCCAGGGCUGCCGGAGACGCGUGCGCAGGGCGGCCGGCGACGAGGAAGAGGAGGAGAAGGGAUCUGUCCACGUGGCAAACCACGUCCUGACAGGUGGCCCCAUCAGAAUCGACUUUGAUGACUGACACCCACCCUCUGGAACGGCCUUCCUUAUCAAUGCCUUCCUUAUCAAUGCCUUCCUUAUCAGUGCCUUCCUUAUCAAUGCCUUCUGUCCUGGCCCUUUGAGAAACAAGGGGUAUUUGGCAAAGCCCCACUUGCACCUCAGGACUCGUUUUCCUAACCCUGUGAUGAUUAUUCGUUAAGUGUUUUGGACACUUGGACUGCAGAAUGGUUUGGUUUUACCUGCAUUUCUUCCCAGCAUUUCAACCCUUUGGCUGGAGGGACCCUGUUGCUUUGCAGGCCUGAAGUGUUUCCCAACUUUGUCUUUCCCUACAUCUGCCUGCAGGCUCCAGGACUGUUCGUCCUUGACUAAACAAAUGUUAUCUGAGGCCUUCUUGCAUCAGGCAGUACAAAUAGUAUCGUAGCUGAACGUGUUUGCUGUGCGGUUCCGUGAGCGAUGCUGAAGCUUUGGGGUGACUGUUAAUAAAAACAAGUAUAAAAUAUUCUGUCUUAUCAUGUGUAAAUUCCCUGGAGCUGUACAAUUGUCAUCACAGGCAGCUAAAGCUCAGCUCUAUCACAGGCACAUUUAAAUGUUAUUUUAAAGGGUGAAAGCUAUUUAAUAAGAUUUGAUUUUUUUUUUUAGUGUCUUUUGGUAAUUGCAUGCAGUUUAAUAGUAUUUAGUGUAUCAUUAUUUUUCUCUCUCUUCUCCCACCACCAAAAAUGCCUUUCCUAAGUGCCCUGGCACACUGAUUGUAAGAGAAGCACCAUUAAACAUCUAUAAACACC